AUGGUCUACCUGGAUGAGGACCAGGAUUGGAUCCCUGUACGGUACCAGGGACAGCGCCUAGUGCCUGGUGGCCAUAUCUACAGCGCUGAGAUAAUGGUGGAGAGUAAUGUCACACUGGAUGCCCAAACUGUCCUGUCAGCUAUCAAUUCAACAAACCUCUCACUGAGCAAACAAACAGUACAAAUCAUAAACACUGAACUGGUAGCAGAGUGCCUCAUUGUUGGAACUGACACGAACUGCAACUGCUCUACAAAUUAUCAUUGGAGCAAUGAAGUGUGCUACAACUACAGCUGCUGCAGGGAUGCUACUUGCAAACAAAAUGUAUCCUACAUCACACCCCUCUGUUCUCCUAAAGUUAAAGUUUUCAUCAUUGGAUCAGUACAGACUGCUGCAGCAUGGAAUCCAGCCAAGACCACAAUGCUUGAAAACCAAUUUCAAAAACUGAAUGCUUUUCAGUAUGCGAACGUUACUGGUUCAAGAAACAUCUCCACAUCCCCACCACUGGUGUAUGUUGACUUUGAGGUAGCUGUCAGUGUCAGAGUGCUGACUUAUAAACUUCAAGACAUAGUCAAAAAUCUUACAAGUCUGCUUACAGCUACUAUAUUUGUGGACACUUUAGGAAUGGUCAUUGUAGAGGCCCCAGGGACUCAAGUUUGCUAUCAGUCCACGCCAAAACUUGCAUGCAAACUUGAGGAGGCCACAGACAGCGCAGGCUGGAAUAUAACCACAAGGAAUCAGCGCUUUGAGCUCAACGACGGCAGUGUGGUCCAGCUGAAUAAGACCUGUAGCACAAAUACCUUCCAAUCUUGUAUUGGUGUUACCCUCAACAAGGUGACAGGCACUUGGGAAGGCACAUAUGAGUGUGGAUUUACCAUUGGGUCAAUCAGGCACAUAGGCAGGGCUGAUCUGAGUGUGGCCCUCCUACCUGAUACAAUUACCCUGAGUAGCAUGCCUCUUACUGUGGACUGUCCAGAAAAUCAGAAAAGUGUAAGCAUUACCGUCAGUGCCAUAAUCCCAGCAAGCAAUGCAACCUAUAACAUUUCGUGGGGCUACAGAGGUAAUCUUACUGCACAAAAUCUUUAUUCACUUAAAAAAAUGUCAUCUUCUGUUACAGCUUCAAGCAGUUACGUCAACUACACAUUCAAUCCUGCCAUCUCCUGCGAACAAACAAUUGAAACAUAUGUUAAUAUCAGUUUUAAGAAUGUAAUCGGUCAAAUUAAAAGUGCACAAUUGAACAUCCCAGUUAUCUAUGCUGGGAAGCCAUUUUGUAAAGAGGAGCUACUGGAUGAAUAUACAUGGCCAAAAACCCCAGCUGGAGACACAGUGAUUAUUCGAACAUGCCCAGCAGGCAAGGUUGGCUAUAAGUCCCGAUCUUGUAACGGCCCAGACUGGCAGGCAGUGUUCUCAAGCUGCGUCAGUGAACAAUUGAACAAAGUUUCAAAUGCAGCUGAAGCCUUCCUGAAGGGACUAGGGGCCACCCCGGAGGUGGCCAAGAAUAUAUUUGAAGGGCUAAAGAACAGCUCUACAUUAAGUUCUGGAUCCGGUGAAAGUAUUGCUGACGUUAGCGCCUCCAUCGGUGUUCUAAAUAUGAUGGCCAACGCAUCAAACACAAAUAAGUUGGGAGAGGAUAUCUUUCCUGAUUUUGUUAGUGCAGCAAGCAAUAUGUUGAAUGGCACCUGGAGUGGGGUAAAUGACACAAUUCGUUAUAAAAUGUCAUCAGACUACCUAGAUUCUGUGGAAGGUCUAGUGAAGAACAUUAACGUCAACCAGAGCAACGGAAUCAACAGUACAAAUCUAGACCUUACAUUCUGUCGAAGCAAUGACUGUAAUGUGUCUGUGUUUGACAUUGGUGUGAAUAUGAACAAGACCAAUGGAAUACUGAAAACUGUAGCUGUGAAAAAUCUAAUGAGUAAAUUAAAUAACAGCUUUAAUGGCACACAACCUGAACGUACCGACCUCAUAUUAUCAGCCACACUGGACAAUAAAAGUGAUUCAACUAUACGAAUUAGACUGGACUUCCCCAGUGGGAAAACCAACCCCACUCAACCUCACUGUGUCUUCUGGAACACCAGCAGGAAUACAUGGUCAGAUAAUGGAUGCAAUAUCAGCUUUUCUGAUGAAAACCACACAAUAUGUGAGUGCAACCACCUAACUGCAUUCUCUGUCCUAAUGUCCAAGGGUGAUGGAGGAAAAAAAGAUCACAUCCUUGAACUUAUUUCAAAUAUUGGCCUUGGUGUGUCCAUUUGCUCCUUGGUGAUCUUUCUCAUCAUUGAAUCUCUGGUGUGGUCAGCUGUGGUCAAGACUAACCUUUCUCAUUUUCGGCACACAGCUAUAGUGAACAUUGCCACAUUCCUCUUGCUCGCAUAUUGCAGUUUCUUGGCUUCUAGCAAUCCCAAGACUCUAACUGACAGCUGGUGUCUAGUACUGACCAUAUGCAAACACCUGUUUUUCUUGGCUAUGUUCUGCUGGAUGCUGUGCCUGAGCAUCAUGCUUGUCCACCAGCUCAUCUUUGUCUUCAGCCCACUGAGGAAAAGAGUUUUUAUGUUCCUCUCCAGCAUUUUAGGCUAUGUUUGCCCAAUCGUAAUGGUGGGAUCCAGCUAUGUGUACUGCAAAUAUACCAACCAGAACUACUACAACAGCGAAACAUGCUGGCUAGUUUACAAAAAACUCUUGGUUGGCUCCAUGCAUGCUUUUCUCCUGCCUGUGGGAACCAUUGUUUUGGCAAAUCUCUUUUCCAUGGUUGUUGUCAUCGUUACACUGAUGAAGACCUCAGUCCCUGACAGCAGCAAGGCCGAUGACAAGGAAACGGCAAAAGGCAUCCUCAAAGUGGUGAUUGUUCUAACACCUGUCUUUGGACUGACAUGGAUCGUUGGCUUCAUUCAACUCAUCAUGUCUGAUAGCCCGCACAUUAACGUUAUCAACUACAUUUUCACCAUCCUUAAUACCUUCCAGGGUUUUUUUAUUUUGAUCACAGGGUGUUUUGCAGAGCAGAAGGUCAGAGAGGAACUGUUCAAGCUCAUAACUGGAAAAUCAAAAGGAAAUGACAGCACAAAGAAAUUCACUUCAACUACGUACACAAAAGACCACUGAAGAUGUAGACUGUGAAUCCUGAACUAACAACUCGCCUGUCCAACUACCCCUCUACAGGAGAAUACAGUUAGCAUUAAGUUAGUAUGUAGUUCAUUGACAUUUACAGUGGGU